AUGGGUCUUGCUGGACUGGCCCUGGAAAGAUACGACAUCUGGCCCUCAUUCCCAAACCGGAUGCCCGCAGCCGAUGUCGAUGCGGGCUUGGUUCUCCCAACAGUUGCCGUUGCUCUGCUUGGAAAGGGCGGCGCUGUUGCAACCCUCAUUCUCGCGUUUAUGGCCAUCAUGUCGACUUACAGCUCUGAACUCAUCGCAAUCUCGUCAAUUUGCACCUACGACAUUUACAAGACGUACGUCAACCCCGCGGCAACUGGCAAGCAACUCAUGCGCAUCAACUACAUCGGUAUGGCCGCAUUUGCCCUUGUCAUGGCUGGUCUGGCGACUGGGUUCAACUACAUUGGGAUCUCCAUGGGCUAUCUGUACCUCAUGAUGGGUGUCAUCAUCUCCUCGGCUGUUCUCCCCGCAACUUUGACGCUCCUUUGGUCAGGCCAGUCCUGGGCUGCGGCAACCUUCAGCCCUAUCAUCGGCUUCGUCUUGUCCAUGACGGCAUGGCUAGUCACGACAAAGAUCAAGUAUGGCCAGCUGAGCGUUGAGACGACCGGAGCCAACACUCCGAUGCUGGCUGGGAAUCUCACUUCGCUACUCUCUCCUGUUGUCUUCAUUCCACUUCUCACCUUCAUCCCCCCCUUCAAGCAUCAGAAGUACGACUGGCAAAGCAUGCUCAAUAUCCGCAAAGGAGACGAUCAUGAGAUUGUUGAUGCUGCAAAUGUCGACUUGGAGAACAUGAAUGAAAGGCCCCAUGCUGUCGACAGCGACGUAGACGAGCGGGUAAAAUUGGACCGUGCCGCCAAGAUUGCCCGCUGGCUCACCGUCGAUCUACUCGGUAUGCGCGGCGGGAAGGUCAUUAGCGAAGGCCACUCUCCUGGAUCAAGAACGCCGCCGGAGCUUGCAAGUACAGCAAAGAUGGAGCUCAAAUCGUGA